GGUCUCGCACUCCAUCUGUCAUGUUCCAAAUUCCGUGCUGUCAAAAUGGCAGCCUGAUUUUGACAAUACGUCGUGAUUAAUUAAUUGCGUAGUAUGUAUUUGUGCGUGUGUGUAAACAAUAAUAUUAUUGCAAUUACAUAUCAGAAACGUUUUCGCGAUGAUACCGACGAAGAAAGUUCAAUUUUUUUUUAAAUUUAAAAGUUCCAGUCGCGACGCGUGUAUUAAAGUAUUUUUUAACAAUUAUUAUGAUUUUUAAAUAAUCAACGAGAAAGAAAACACGCAUUGUCACGCUGUGUGCAUGUACAUAUAUCUAGUUUUCUAUUUCAGAAAGAGAAAGAUAGUUAAAUAUGAACCAUGAAACUUUGGCAGGGAUGUAUAUUUUUGUAUGAGUACGACGUGGUGGAAAGCCGCGGGGCACAAAGUUCAUUUUGACGAUUAUAGUGAACGAGCGAAGUAGUAAAUUCCUUGAAUAAGACAUCCUGAGACAUGGCCAGCCGUUUGCAAGACACAGUCAGCAUGCAGGGAGUAGUGGAAUUGGCAAAGAUCCUUCGGCAAAACGGCGACGAACUUCUGAGCGCCUCCAGCAAGCUCUCGCUGUCCACGAAGCUCCUCAACAGCCUCAACGAGGCGUUCUCGCUGAUCGUGGUGGAGUCCGAGGAGCUCGACACUUCGUUCCACGUGUGCAACAGUUCCAAGAUAGAUAUAUUCCACGAUGUGAAGUUCCUACACGACUUUGUGCAGAAGAUCGUUGGUCUGAAAGUGACGCAUUGUUCCUCUGACGUUAGAGUCAUCAUUGACAUUUCCAAGUUCAAACAUCUGAAAUAUCUGGAACUGAGAAAGGUGUCAAUUGAGUGGGUCAAGGGUCUGCAAAGUGUCAGAGGUCAAUUGGAAAGCAUUUUGUGUACUGGUAGAAAGGGAGUGUCUACAAUUAGUCAAUUGCUAGCUGAAUGCGGAGGUGACACUGUUGGUAUUGGAUUUGUGUGGGCAUCUCUGAAACAAUUGAUAUUGCCACACAAUGCUCUGGAACAUUUGGAUGAAUCAUUGGAAUUAGCACCUUGGCUUCAGAUAUUAGACCUGAGUCACAAUAUGAUCACUAGUGCUAAAGAGAUAUCCUGCUUAUCAAACCUGAAGUAUGUUAAUUUGGGCUACAACAAAUUGGAGGAAGUUCCUGUGUUCAAUAAGACAGCGUUACAUUUAUUACAAGUGUUGGUUUUGAAGAACAAUUACAUUGAGAACCUGAUUGGACUCGAAGGCCUAGAAUGUCUGACGGAAUUGGAUUUAUCGUACAAUUGUUUAAUGGAACAUUCAAUGCUCUGGCCACUUCAAACAAUGUCUACUCUGAUGUGGAUGUCUUUGGAGGGAAAUCCUUUGUCGUAUCAUCCGCAGCAUCGAGCGCUGUCUAUAAUACACUUGCAUCCGAGUCUGUCGGAUAGCAAGUUUGUUUUAGAUCAUUUGCCACUUUCGAAGUUGGAGAAGUCACUGAUCGCGGAAAACAGAGUCUUCACGAUACGCGCGAAUCUAUCCAAAUCUCUGAACAGCUCGAUAUCGACGUACAUGACGGACACGUCCGAGUUCACCGAGGAUGCAUCGAAUCUUCAGUCGGCUUCGUGCGAGACUUUAGAUGAUAACAGUGUGCCGAAUAGUGUACCGAAGAGCAAAAAAAAAUUGAAGAAAGUGAUUAUCGCUGAGAUCGAUCAGGAUAAGGAAGAAUUUAAGAAACUACCGGAUGUGGUUGCGUCUUCUCAUAUGAACUCGUCGAAAACUCAUUUGGAGAUGAAAGAACGCAUUAAAGCGCUGCGAGAGAAGUUCGGCGAGGACAAUUGGCUGAGCAGUCAGGGAGGAACUUUCGUCCAGAACAUUAUGGGUCUGCAUUCUUCCCCGCAACCGUCAACACCACCAAUUCCCAAGAUAAAGACUUGGACUGAUAUUACCACCGCACCGACUCUUUACGAUACUCUGAUUUAUACAAUGAAUAACGAAAACUCAUCCGACGCGUCCAAGUUGAACGAAACCACGGAAUAUGCGGUGGAAGAUGAAAAUGUUGCUCAGGACGAAGGAAUCGUGCCGGACGAACUUCCUAAUCUGGAACUUUCUAUGCCGAACGAACUUCCUGAUUCUGAUGAAGAAGUUGGAGAUUUGUAUUUUGUUCGGAAGAGGAAAAACGAUGAAGAAAUGGAGGACAUCUUCUUAGCGAUAACUCCCGAAGAUAUUAAGGAAAAAAAUACGCUUAAUGGAAAAGUGAUGUACUGUUGGUCAACGAACUCCGUACUGUCUUGCGUCCUCGGCAGAAGCGAUCCACCGACAGUCGACAUAAUUUUCGAUACCACUCGAAAGGAUCGGGAGAACAGGCGGUACUUCGUAGAACUGGAAGACGCGAAGAAAAUCGUGGCGACGCUUAACGCGCAGAUUGAAAUGCGACCGAUACUGUUGAAGAUUUUCAAAUGUAUGAAGUGUUCGACACAAUUCUCGCAGGAGGAGGAAUACGAGACGCGCGUCGUUAAGUCGCUGGCAGGUGUAAAACAGCUCAAAUGUCCCACUUGCAACAGCACUCUGGUCAUCGAAAUCGACGCUCCUUCUAACGCGGACGCCGAAACUGCGAAAACUCAAUCAGCGGAAAGUACCGUGAAGAGUAACUUGAAACAUUCUGAAUCAAUUUCCAGUAUCGGUGGAAUGGAGGGUGGAGCUAAAUCUGUCACCACUUCUCUGCACUCCGACUCUCACACCCAAGCUCAAGUCUGCUGUUCAGCGACGAGUUUGGAUGAGUCGAGGGAAUCCACGCCGUCUGCGAAUGCCAUAACGAAGAAAUACGAGAGCGACAUAGAAAUUCUCAGUAAUCCAAGUCAGAGCAGCAUCGAGGUUUUGGACGAAACCCAAAAAACAAAUGUGACGCCGAUUCGGAAGUGUUCAACGGAGGAAAAACGCGCCGCGAUCGCUUCUUCCUUGAUAACAAUUCCAGAUACCACGCCAGUCCUAACAGGCUUAACAGAGAGCAGUUCUUCAGGCUCGCUGACAGAUAGCAUAUGCACAGCGUACGAAAACAAGAUGAGCAAGUCGAUGAACAUUGAUACAAAAUCUCACAGCAGCGAUGGCGAGAAAGAAAGUGGGCUCCCUACUGUGACGAACUUAACGUCGAUGCUGGGAGGCUUGCUACAGAGCAUCAAAGUUGGCAGUAACAAAAUGCUGAAAGACGAGGAGACCUCUAGUCUUUUUGGCACCAGUGUGCAGUAUUCGUAUACCGAUUUUAGCAGUGUAGAUCACAGAAUCAAACUACAUAUCAUUCUAAAUGUGUUCGAAUAUGAAAACGAAGAGCUGGUGCUUCUUCUGAGGGCAGAAAUCUUGAUGAAUUCUACGCAAGAGACGUUUCCUGGAUGCUUGGUUUUGUCCACGUCUAAGGUUUAUGUUCUCAGAAUUGACGGUCCGGAAGGAGAAGAUCCACAGCGUUGGCUUCACAAGGAAAUCAGCUGGACGAUGGACAGACUGAGAUCCUUCGUUCCGUUGCCGUUUAAGCAAGGCGUUCUGAUCGAGUUGCAACAAUCCAGUAAGAUAGGCGAGGAACAUCUUACUAUCCCGUUACUUUGCAUCUUGCAAGACUUCCAGAGAACGUCGAAUUUCUUAUUUUAUCUCACAGAUCUACACUUGCCUCCGAGUUGCGAAGUGGAGUUCUCCGUUCCGGAGCACUGCAAUCCCUUGAUGCAAAACCUGUUAACAAAUACUGCCAAUUAUCAAAAUGGAGACGUCGUGAGAUUGCUGGCGAUAUUUUCCUCCGCGAUUCUGAAGUAUCAAAACGUCACCACUAAGCUGAAACUGUCCGGACUUAUACUGACAACUUCGGCACUGGUGAUUUUGAAAGAUAACGUUCAGUGGCUCAUACCAAGAAGCAAUCAAGUGCCUGUAGUUGCCAGAGAGCAAGCAAUGAGCAACUUGCUCUCAAUAGAACACUGUGACUCUACAUUGACUUUAAAUUUUUUGGAUGAAGUCGCAGGACUUGAAGAGAAAUGGAAUCUUUCAUUCGUUUCUCCCGGUGCUGUGGAAGCUGUAAUCAGUUCUGUGCAGUCUCCGUGGGAAGAGUUGUUCUCGAUACCUCUGCAAGUGACCAAAUGCGUUUCACAGGAUAACAAUGCGGAGAAGAUGUAAACGGUGCGCAAAUCAAAUCUUUAGUUAAUCUUUUUUGAGCAUAAAAUUAUAUACUCAAGUUCAAAAAAGAAAACAGAUUAGAAAAAUCUAUCUAAGAGGCAUUCUAUGUGUUUCUAUUUUACACUUUUUACGUAUAAUUCGAAUAUUUUAUAUACUGUUUAAUAUAUAUCAUUAUACACAUUAUAUAAGUAUACACACUACUGUAAUUACAGUAUUACUGCCAAUACGUUGUAAGUAAUAUUGCUAUAUACGCUCGGUAUUGCAAAUCGAAGGCAUGUGCUUUUUCACUUCGAAGAUUUGUUCGAUUUAUUUGAUUGAGCGGCUGUGUUUGCGUUCAGGUGCUUAAACGCCUCCGAUUUGCAAAAUCGAAUCGUGUAAAACAGCAGUCUGUAUAUCGUUGGAUUUUGAUUCGUGAUACAUCUUUUGUGUAAUGUUUGAUAUUUUAAACCAAGUCCACGAAUUCACAUCACACAAAUACAAAGAUAUAGAAUAGUAGACUAUAGAGAAAUAUGUAUAUAUAUUAUAAUUAAUAUUCUAUAUACAAUAUGUAAAUAUAUUUAUAUAUGUAUAUAGACUUUUUUUGUGCACGGUUUGCGAAUUGAAACCGCGUUCGUGUCGCUUAUUUUUUUUAUGUUUUGUGGACAUUUCAGUUCAAUGACACAAGUUCAGUGACGCAAACGCGGCUCCAAUCCGGAAAUUGUGCGCAUGAAUUUUUGCAACAUACCGCGAAAGCAUCGAAUAUCAUGUAUACAGACUAUCGAUAUAGUGUAGCGUAGUAAAAUCGUAUGGUGCUAUCUCAGGCAUUAUAAUAUUUCCAAUUGGAGAUUCUUUCUUUCACACGUGAUGACUCUUUUCUACAUCUCAAGAUCUUUCUUUUAUGAUAUUCAGCGCAGUGCAAUAUAUAUUUUGUGGAGUUGAGAGAAAUUGAGAUAUUUAAUUUCUCGCGAAUCCGACAUUCGAGUUGAUCAACUUCUGAUUGUAACUGUUUGACUGUGAUAUGUAUAUUUCGAGAUUUACAAUAAAUACCGAAAAAAAAAAAAGAAAAAUUAUCAUAGACACAUUGUAUAUAUUCAACGAAGAUACACAUGUAAUUUUGUUUUGUAACGAAGUAUAUACGUGCUACAACCUCAAGAUGCACAUAUUUUUCUUCCACUCACCUACAGU